GAAGUUGGUGGGCGGGGACUCCAUGAAGCAUCUCUUUUCCAGCACCCUUAGGGGCGAUCCUACGAGGGUGCCGCUGGGUCGCAGGAUCAUCUCUUGCCUCUUUCUUCAGACAGUAGGUGUCUAACCCAGCUCCACGACUGCAUGAAGCGAAACUUUCCUCAGUGAUUUGAACCAGGCGGCAACAAGGCGUUGUCCUUGGGUUUUGAUUUUUUGUAGCACUCCCUUCACAUACUUUGUACAGCUCCCUUUUUUGGCCAUUAAAACCUGCACUGAAUUUUUAAAAAAUGAAGCAGUUGAAAAGGAAAAGGAAAAGCAAUUUUAGUGUUCAGGAGACUCAGACCCUUUUGAAGGAAAUCACCAAAAGGAAAGAAGUCAUUUUUUCCAAGCAGCUCAACACAACGAUAAAUGUGAUGAAGCGAAUGGCCUGGGAGGAGAUCGCGCAGUGCGUCAACGCUGUAGGGGAAGGAGAGCAGAGGACAGGCACAGAGGUGAAGAGACGCUACCUCGACUGGCGCGCGCUCAUGAAGAGGAAGAGAAUGAAGGCCAACAUGAAGCUGGUUGGUUCUGGGUUUCCUCUGCCCACAUCUGAUUUAGAUGACUCCCUCACUGAAGAGAUAGAUGAAAAAAUUGCAUUCCGAAAUGAUGCAAAUUUUGACUGGCAGAAUGUGGCAGAUUUCCGGGAUGCAGGCGGGUCCCUAACCGAGGUCAAAGUGGAAGAGGAAGAAAGGGAUCCGCAGAGCCCAGAAUUUGAGAUUGAGGAGGAGGAAGAAAUGUUGUCGUCAGUCAUACCAGAUUCCAGGAGGGAGAGUGAGCUCCCCGACUUCCCUCACAUUGAUGAAUUUUUCACCCUCAACUCCACGCCGUCCAGAGCCACCUAUGAUGAACCCCAUCUGCUCAUGAACAUAGAGAAACAGAAGCUGGAGCUGGAGAAGCGCCGGCUGGAUAUUGAGGCCGAGAGGCUGCAGGUGGAGAAGGAGCGGCUGCAGGUGGAGAAGGAGCGGCUGCGGCACCUGGACCUGGAGCACGAGCGGCUGCAGCUGGAGAAGGAGAGGCUGCAGAUCGAGAGGGAGAAGUGGAGGCUGCAGCUGGCCAGCACUGAGAAACCCGCCCUAGAGAGCGAACUCGGCCCAGGCGAGAAGUCCAUGCUGCAGCCGCAGGACAUAGAAGCGGAGAAGCUGAAACUGGAGCGGGAGCGCCUGCAGCUGGAGAAAGAUCGGCUGCAGUUUCUCAAGUUCGAAUCCGAGAAGCUGCAGAUUGAGAAGGAGCGCUUGCAGGUGGAGAAGGAGAGACUGCGGAUUCAGAAAGAAGGGCAUCUGCCUUGACUGUUCUGGAUCCUCUGCUUACCAAACUGUAGCUUUCCCCAUCACUUCAUGUUAAGGUGGUUGCUGGAUUAGCUACCCCGGUACCACCCCUGUUUAAUGUAGGAGAAAGAUAGGACCAUAUCGGUAGCAGUGUGUGUCAGUAGGCUGUGACAUAAACGCUCUGCCCAGCAUAAGCAGAAUAGCGGAGGAUCUGCUAGUCUCCUUCACAUUAGUAAUACUGCGUAGAGUCCUGUCUUAUUUGUGUACCCCAAGUUUACAGUGUUGUCUACAGUCAAGUUCCCAUCCCGUGAUUCUCAAGUGGAGUUUGGGCUCCCAGAAGACAUUUGGGAUUGUGUGGAGAUACUUUUGUUGGUCAAAGUAGAUGGGUGUAGGCUGCUACUGGCAUCGAAUGGGUAGAGGCUACAGGUUCCGCUAAACACCAUGUCGCUAGUGCCAAGUUUGAGAAGCCUUGCCCUGGCCUAACUGUGCACCUCUUUAGCUAUGUUUUACAGUAUCGCAAUAUUAAAACUUCAGAUAUUUAUGUGAGUAGAUACCGAAAUGGCCAAAAGCAUUUUAACUGUGAGACAUUACUGUGUAGUGUAUUGACUAUAAAGAGUGAUGGAGAUUGUAGGUACUGUAUUCUCAUGGUGUAGUCUGUCUGUGGACCGAGACUCAGAAGCAGUCCUGGGGCCAUCUGAGGUCGUUUCACUUUGAAAGGCAGUCCCCCUCAAGAAUCAACACCCAAUUGGGAAGCUUUAGUUACCCCUUCUUUCAAGUCUUAGUUUGAAUACGGAUCGCACCCUUUCAGUCACGUAUACUGAAACAUGUAGGAGAAUAUCAGAAGCUACUAAAAACGGUACCAGUGUCAGAAUGGUGACAGUUGAUGAUGAUGUUGAACCCAGUGAAUUGCUGAUUGAUUUUUAAAAUGGAGAAUAUUUGUUUGAGGCUGAGAGAUGGGGGGAAUGUCCUCUGCCUCAGUAACAGUGGUAUCGAGAUGAUAGUAUGAGCAGUGUUACAGUUAGGGGAAACCCUGGUCUAACUUAGAACCUACAGGAGUCUGUGGAAAGGUAUCUUUUUACGCCAGAAUCUGAAGUUCAGAGAAGUCCUGCAGUAAGUUAGAGGCUGAUACUUCACACAGCGCUGUGUCUCUGUCGUUACCCCUUCAGGGUGACUAGACUUGGGAAUUCUGAAAGCAAAGGGCUGACUUCGUCUGAUGUUUGCUCCAGUGUCCCGAUGCUGGCUUACCACAGUGAAGUACUUUCUGAUGCACAAUGCCGUUGGAAAUGGUUGCACAAGUUCACUUUCUGUUUUCUGUUUUCUAUGGCUGAUAGCUUUAAUACAACACUUCUGCUGACACACUACCUUGAUUCUGUAUUUGUCUUCUGUUAAUUUAAGGAUGGCUAGAAAUCAUGUUUGAAUAUGGGUAUGCGAAGAGAAGAGAUACCCGUGAUUACUUAACUGAUUUUGAAAGUGUUAUUUUUUUAUAAUUCUAUUAAAUGCUUCUACCUUAGAAAUAAA